GCCGAACGAUGGAGAGAUCUGAGCCUAGUGGCCUAUAGCGGGGAAGGAUGGCCUCUCCCGGCGGCAAGUUGAGCCUCCGUGUUCGCAACAAUGCCCUCAGCCGGUAAGAAGAGUGAAGAAGACUCCUCCGAUCAUGCUUCACUUCAUCCCCCAGGGCGCAUGUUCGCGUGGUGGAGGCCAGGGAGCGAAAGAUGGUUGAGCAGGAAAUCGAGAAGGCCACGGAAAAGGACGAGAAGAUGACCUUGGGGGGCGGCGUCAAAGCUGAAAUUGGUGGUCUGGAGAUCGGCCUGGAGGCCAACAGGGGCAAAGAAACAUGUAUGUGAGAGGCUGCAGGAGACGCACAGGGCACUUUCCUUUGCGUUGUUCACAGGUGAGAAGACGGAGGAAAAGAGCUUUGUUUGCAUUCAGUACGGCAAACUGAAGGAGUCACGCGACUGGUGAGAAACAACUGACGUCUGGGAGUGUGUCAGCUGUGUCAGAAUCUCUCUCUCCCCCUCCAUCAGGACGACAAUUGACCCCGGCGAGGAAGCCGUUUUGUCGAGCUUCGACUCCCCAUACAUAUCAAUCUUCAUUGAGGACUCCAGAUUUCAGCUGCUCAACCAACUCAUACACCCAGAAGAGCACCAAUACGCCAUCGCGCUCAGAAGGGUGAGGACCAGACAAUACAUGCGCGAACGCUUUCAUUUCGCUAUUAUGUCUCUCUGUUCCUUCUUCCAGGCCAAUCCGCCGUAUGUGUCGCUCCUUACUGAUACUCUCGAGGUGGCAAACAUCGAAGCCAAGCAGAAGCCCUUUCGUCUCAACAACCUCACCACGAAGCUCGUCUUGACGGUAGUGGAGACCAUGGCCCGUGGCACGUCGGUCGCGCUUCAAGAAAAAGUGAGCCGUGAGCCGCAUGAAGAGGCCGAUCCCUCGCAGCUAUGGAUUCGGCAAAUCGACACAUUCUGCCCCAAAGGCGCUUUCCGUCUGGUGCCAAAGGCAUUUCCUGAUCAGACGCUGGCGGUGAGUCCAUUGAUGGACAACAAGCUUGUCCUCAAUGUCCCAACUGCCAAGACAGACUGCAAAGACUGCAAGGGAGAGGCAAAAUAUGAGCAAUGGACCAUGGUGGCAACAGAGACGCAAGACAUUGUGCAGCCGACGACAGAGGGAGGCUGGUGCAGCCUGUUCUGCUGUCAGCCCUGCAGAGAUCAGCUGCCCGUAUCCACCGACAUGGAAUCCGGGCAGGGGACGGAGGAAAGGAGGGGUAGCAGCAAAUUCGAUGAAGAAACGGUGACCAUCAAGUGUGUCGGGCUGCCAGAUCACAUGAUGAGCGUCCAGACUGCCGGCAAGGGCAGCGGUCUGAUGAUGGCAAAGAAACACGAGAGCGUCCCAAUGGAGGCCCUGUGGCGCUGCAGCCAGCCGAUUGUGGCCGAGAAAGGUAGCGAAUCAAAAACGAAGACUGUGUGGGCCACUCAUGUGUUCCCAUUUCUGUCUCAGGUCAAGAUGUGCUACCGGUCGCAACGGAGGAGGUCGGUGACAUGCAUUCACUCACUGAAUGGCGCUCCCUGUACAGUAUAGUUGACUAUCCAUUCUUGUAGAUGACCCUCUUCGAAGCCUGCGCACAAGGCAAUAGGGAUGCUGUCAUGCGAGUUAUCAGCGUCAACGGGGUCGAAUGCCUGCAGGAAACCGACGAGGUGAGACACUACACUACAAAGUUGUCCACAACGCUGCGAAAGCGUGUAGUGUAUUGCAGGAGGGCUUCACAGCGCUCCACUACGCCGCACAGAACGGCCACGUGGACAUCGUCAAAGAGAUAGUCGCCCAAGGGGGCACAGACCUUAUCAAAAAGAAGACAAUCGUACAGGUGAGCCAACAUAUAUGAUGGCCGAUAACGAGACUUGUCUUGAGACGUCAGUUUUGAUUCCUACAAGUGCGAGCCUACUGUGUUGCAUAUUGCGGUCGAGAAGGGUCAUGUGGCAGUCGUGAAGGCUCUCGUGGAGCUGGGAGGGAUCGAUAUGUUGACAACGCUCAGAGAUAAGAUAUGAGACGUCGUGAUCUAUUAUGGAUCUGCGGCCGUCUUGUUUUGUGUGGUUGCAGUACGAUUCCACUGCUUUUCACGAUGCCGCAGGGUAUGAUCAACUCGAUGUGAUGCGCGCGAUCUAUGCAUUCAAGGGCAAGCCAUUGCUGGAAUGCGUGGAAGAAGGACCUGUAAGUUGCACAAAAACUGAUCCCCUACAUGGUUUCGAUGCAUUGCUCUCUGUCUGUGAUGUAGGCCGGCCGUUUUCCUAUUCACAUGGCUGCUGGGAAAAGCGAUGUUGCUGUUGUGAACCAGUUGUUGGCGUGGGGAGGCACAAAGGAGCUUGAGAAACGAAACAAGGUCCCAGGUUUCCCACAAUGACGAGAGGGCUAUCUUGUGGUCUAUGUGCUUGAUGGCUGCAGAACAAUGACACACCCUUCAUCCUCGCUGCAAUGGGCGGGCACGUCGAUAUGAUGGAGGCCAUGUACGCCAAGGGGGGCAAACCGCUGCUCGAACAGGGGAACAAAGUGAGGAAAGGAACCCCAGUGACAGGCAGAUUCCAUGCGUUCUCCUGGCUGUGGUCGAUGGCUGCAGAAUGAUGACACACCCUUCAUCCUCGCUGCAUGCUGUGGCCACCUCGAUGCGUUGAGGGCGAUGUACGCAAAGGGGGGCAAGCCGCUGCUCCAACAGAAGGGAAAGGUAAGUCCUAUAAGACGGAUCAGGGGCCAAUAGAUUCGAUUGGUCCUCUCUCUGUGCUAUAGGGCUUAGGAUAUGCAAUCCACGCUGCAUCUUGGAAGGGCCAUCUUGAUGUGGUCAAGCAAUUGAUUGAGUGGGGAGGAAAAGCUGAGCUCGACAAGCGCUGGGUGAGAUGAAGAAGAUAUGCGACUCAGGAGAUUAUAUGCAACACAGGACACAUUUUUCAGCACAAGAAUGGGUGGGGUACGCUUCCCAUCCACGAGGCAGCCCUGAGUGGAGACCUUGCUACGUUCAAUUACUUGAUCGAUGUUGGCGGAAUCCAGCAAAUAGACAAGAGGGACUAUGUGAGUAAUGGGACACACAUAAUGGGACACAGGCGGCAUAUCCCGUUGUCUCGGUUUGUUAUGUAUCUGUCACAGGUUGGUUCAUCCACUUUCCUCUGGGCCGCAAGGGGGGGCAGUAUCGACAUUCUGAAAACGAUCCGCGACAGGCUGGGCCCGGAGGUGAUCAAAGAGAAGGAAGUGGUGAGAAGAAAGAUAAGCAACAAUGGCUGCAAUAUAGUGGCCUUGUUUUGUUUCCAUUAUAGUGUUCUCGUCUCUCGGCACUCCAUCACGCCGCUGAGAAGGGUCACGCUCCCGCAGUCUGGCAGCUGCUUGAAUGGGAAUCCGCUGAGGAAAUCGACAAACGUGAUAGUGUAGGCUCUUGUUCAUGGCCUUGGUAUCUGGACAUUAUGAGAUUUGAUCUGUUCUUCCGGUUGUGGCAGACAUCGUAUACCCCUUUCAUUCUUGGAGCUCUGAAAGGUCAUCCGAUUGUGAUGAAGGUGCUGUACGAGAAGGCUGGAGCCCGCUUGCUGGAGCAAACAGAGGAGGUAGGGGCGUUUGGCUUCCAUAAUGGAAGCUCCCGUAACCGCCUGGUUUCUGGCUGUGUACAUUUGUGUCCAGGAGGGCUUGUUCGCUAUCCAUAUCGCAGCUGAUCGGGGUUAUGUCGAUGUGAUCAAUCAGCUGCUGGAAUGGGGCGGCAUAAAGGAGCUCGAGAAACGCAGAGACGUGAGUUUCUCUUUUUAUGCAGAAUACACCGACAGCGAUUGUGCCGCUACGCCUGUGUUCGAUGGUUGCAGGACAGUAGCACACCCUUCCUCCAGGCUGCGCUCGCUGGUCAAGUCGAGGCAGCGAGGGCGAUGUACGCCAAGGGGGGCAAGCCGCUGCUCGAACAGAAGGGACAGGUAGGUCGUAUAAAAGUGAUAAUUCCGACUACUAUGUGUAUGUCUGCAUGUAGUUGGGCCAAUUCCCUAUCCAUAAAGCUGCUGCCGGUGGUACGCUACGUGCUGGUAAACCAGGUCAUGUUGCUGUAGUGAGGCAGCUGUUGGAGUGGGGCGGUCUUGGCGAGCUUGAGAAACGCGAUGAGGUACCUUCUUCUCUGGGCAAUGCAUCUGUUGGCGGGUGUUCUUGCUAUGUAUGGAUGCAGGACGAUGACACGCCCUUCAUCCUCGCUGCAAGGGGCGAGCACGUCGCUGUAAUGGAAGCCCUGUAUGCCAAGGGGGGCAAGCCGCUGCUCGAACAGCGGAACAAAGUGAGGAAUGGAACCCCAGUGACAGGCAGAUUCCAUUCGUUAUCGUGUCUCUGUUUGAUGGCUGCAGAAUGAUGACACACCCUUCAUCCUCGCUGCAAUCCCUGGCCACCUCGAUGCAUUGAGGGCGAUAUACGCCAAAGGGGGCAAGCCGCUGCUCGAGCAGAAGGGACAGGUAAAAGUCGCACAAAACUGCUCAUGUAUAAUUCCGACUACUUUGUAUAUGUCUGUGUAGUUCGGCCGAUUCCCUAUCCAUGCAGCUGCUGUGGGCACUACCGAUCCAACAAAGGCUGACACUCCAGGUCGUGUGGCUGUGGUGAGGCAGCUCUUGGAUUGGGGCGGCGAUGGCGAGCUUGAGAAACGCGUUGAGGUACCUUCUUCUCUGGGCAAUGCAUCUGUUGGCGGGUGUUCUUGCUAUGUAUGGAUGCAGGACGAUGACACGCCCUUCAUCCUCGCUGCAUGGAGCGGGUACGUCGAUGUGAUGGAGGCGAUGUACACCAAGGUGGGCAAGCCGCUGCUCGAACAGCGGAACAAAGUGAGGAGAGACACAUCUGCUGCUUCCUGUCCGUGCAAAUGAUGCACGUGUGUGUGGGUGCAGUUCGGCUAUUUCGCCAUCCACUAUGCAGCUGAAAAGGGUCAUGUUGCUGCGGUCAAUAAGCUCAUCGCCUGGGGGGGCCUUGGAGAGCUCGAACGACGAACCAAAGUAAGGGCAUCUUGGAUAUGCAACGCAAUAACGAAGGGGCUAUAUUGUGGUCUUGUGGUUGAUGGCUGCAGCUUGAUAGGACGCCCUUGCACAUUGCUGCACUGUGUGGUCAACUCGAUGUGACGCGAUUGAUGUACGCAAAGGGCGAGAAAAAGCUGCUCGAACAGCAGGGAGACGUAAGAAGCCGAGACAUACUUUGUGAAAGAACAUGUGAUUGCUUCUCGUCUGCUGUGUGCGGGAUGCAGGGUGGCAAAUAUCCCAUCCACUACGCAGCCCAGAAUGGUCAUGUGGCCGCGCUCAAUCAGCUGAUCGAGUGGGACGACGAAAACGCACUCGAUCGGCGUACUCAAGUAGGAAAUCUCACGUGGAUUGGUAUGGGGAAUAGUAUCCCAUCUGUCCCCGUGUUCUGUGCUACGCAGGUUGGUGCCUAUCCUAUUCAUGCAGCGGGUGCGGGCGUCCUUGGCGUCGAUGGUGAUUCUCCAGGCCACGUUGCUGUAGUCAAGCAAUUGGUCCAGCGGGGCGGAAGAGCCGAGCUCAACAAAUGCACCGUAGGCCUACAGUGACCUGAGCCUCUCAUCUCUCCACUUUCAUUCACUUGCUGAAGGCGGGCGGGGCCACUCCCUUCCACACUGCCGCGGUCAACGGCCGCAUUGAGAUAAUGAAAGCCAUGUAUGCUGCGGGCGGCAAAGCGCUGCUGAGUGCGAGGACCAGUGUAAGUGAAGAGUAGAUGCCACAUGCCAGACGUGAUGUUUGACUUUGUGUCAGGAAGGGUUGUUGCCGAUUCACAGAGCAGCAGGCGAAGAAGAUGUUUCAGAUGGCCAUAUUGCAGUGGUCAAGCAGUUGAUCGAGUGGGGGGGCGUCAAGCAGCUGAAAGAGAAAACCAACGCUGUGAGCAGUGCCCCCGUCAGUCCAUUCGUAUGUCUUGAUUUGUUGUGGGUGUGCGUGAUGCAGGGCAAGACGCCCCUGGACAUGGCGCAGAGUGACGAAAUGCGCACACUCCUCAAGAGCUACAAAUAGGCGGGUUCAUGGUGUGUUGAGUGUGCUCUGGGUCGGUAGGCGUAGGACCGUGUGGUGUGCCGUGUGUGUUGAGGAACUGACACGGCACAAGGAGUGUCUGUCUCUGUGUGCAUACUGGCUGCCCUCGUGUGAACAGAGAAUAGAAGUCGGAUGAAGCUCAUGCCUGACCUGAAAGAGAACACGUCACGGUCGAUGUUUGUGCCACAGCACACUUCACAGCGGCGUGCGGACG